AUGUCUUCAAUAGAAUUACCAUCAGAAAUUUUCUAUCAUAAUUUGAAAACUUCCUAUAACAAAUUAGGACAAUAUAUUCAUGAAUGUGAUAUACUACAUCUCCUAAAAACCGAUGAUUCACAAAUUAUGAGUAUUUGUGAAAAUCUUGUACAAUAUCUAAAAAGUAAUUAUGCCAAAGAAAAUGAAGAACAUUUGAAUGACCAGAAUUGUAACCUUUUAAGCCUUUGGAUAUAUGAACAGUUGUUUGAACAUUUAGAAGAUAGUUCUAACAGAGUCCUUAUUACUUAUGCUAAUUUUCAGCAUAUGUUAAGCUAUGUUUUUACAGGUGAUAAUAAAAUCCAAGCCAUUAAAUGCUUGCGUCAGUUAGGUCAACUUGGUUCAUUAAAAAAUGAAUGGAAAAAGAGUAAGGAUCUUUAUGAUUAUUGUGUCGAUUAUGAUGAAAUUAUUAAAAAAGCUAGUUCUAGUUAUGAAAAAUGCAAGGAAUAUGAAGAAUACAUCCAAAAAAAAUCUCCACUCUAUAAAGAAUUUGACAGAUUAUAUAUUCAAGCAUAUAAGAGCGAAAAUAAUGAUUUAUAUAAGAAAUGUAAAAAUUACAACCCGAUAAUAGCGAUACCUAAAUUAGAAUGUGACAAAAAAAAUUUAGCACAAGAAAUGUCAAAUGCAUUUCUGCACAAUUUUCUGGUAAAAAUUCUAAUUCUACAAAAACAUUUGGCAAUGUGUUACUGGGAGUAG